GCUGCUCAUAUGUUAAUACUCGAAAGGGAAAUAAUAAGAGAAGGUUUGGACAAGUGGUAUUGGAAAGUACGAUAUAACGCUAAAUUUUUGAAAGUUUUUAAGGGUGAAGAAGAGGAUUGUGAAUAUGCUAAAAAUAAUUAUUAUUAUUUAUUUACAUCGUUAUAUCCAAGCAUUUGUGGUCUUAAUCUUAAAAAUCACACUGAAUAUUUAAAUUUUGGAUAUUAUUCAAAUGGAGAAAGAAAUAUAAAUUCAUGUGGAUAUAAUAAUGAAUGGAAUGCUGUACCCGAAGGAAUUAAGAAAGAUUUAAAUAGUGGAGCUUUUGAUGAUUAUUGCAAAUUUAAAACAACAACCACUCCGAAAAUAUAA